UCCCUCCACUCAGAGCAGCCCUGAGACCGCUGCCGUCGCCGCUGCUUUCGCUGCUACGGCUCUGCCACCUGAGGAGACCGCCUGGACUCGCCGCCCCUGUGGCCACCCCCGGCGAUUCCUGCCUAGCACCGGGCUUUUUAUGCACACUGCCACUACCAUUAUUAUUAUUAUUCCAAGAGAGGGAGAACAACAGACCAGCCUGAAAGAACCACGUACACCUUUCUGAAAUAGUCAAGUGUCUCCUGGGAAGAGAGGGUCGUCGGUCCCGGGAGAAGGAGCCACUGGGGCCAAGGGCAGGUGUUGAAGGGGAGGAAGGAAGAGUUGGGGCACUGCGUGGUGGAAAGUUGCUUGCGGCGGAGAGCCGAAGGUCCAGCGCCACAGCCCAGGGGGGGCGGUGUGCCUGGGAGAAGCCGCUGCCCCCUGCGUUGGGACCUGCGAGCUCGCGGGCAGCGCGGGGCCGGGACGACGCCCCCUCCUGCGGCGCGGACGCUGUCGGUGGCCCCCAAAGAGGACGAGGAGGAGGAAUAUGGCAUCGAAGGCGGGCCCCUCCUGCCGUCUAGUCUUCUGCCUCUUGAUCUCCGCCGCUGUCCUCCGGCCAGGCCUUGGAUCGUAUACUGUAAAUUCAGCAUAUGGAGAUACCAUUAUUAUGCCUUGCCGACUUGAUGUACCUCACAAUCUCAUGUUUGGAAAAUGGAAAUAUGAAAAGCCCGAUGGCUCCCCAGUAUUUAUUGCCUUCAGGUCCUCUACAAAGAAAAGUGUGCAAUACGAUGAUGUGCCAGAAUACAAAGACAGAUUGAGCCUCUCAGAAAACUACACUUUGUCUAUCAGUAACGCAAGGAUCAGUGAUGAGAAGAGAUUUGUGUGCAUGCUAGUAACUGAGGACAAUGUGUUUGAGGCACCUACAACAGUCAAGGUGUUCAAGCAACCAUCUAAACCUGAAAUUGUAAGCAAAGCACCUUUUCUCGAAACAGAGCAGUUAAAACAGUUGGGAGACUGCAUUUCAAAAGACAGUUAUCCAGAUGGCAACAUCACGUGGUACAGGAAUGGAAAAGUGCUACAACCCCUUGAAGGAGUGGUGGUCAUAAUUUUUAAAAAGCAAAUGGACCCGGUAACUCAGCUCUAUACCAUGACUUCAUCCCUGGAAUACAAGGCAACCAAGGCUGACAUACAAAUGCCAUUCACCUGCUCUGUGACAUAUUUUGGACCAUCUGGCCAGAAAACAGUUCAUUCUGAGCAAGCAAUCUUUGAUAUUUAUUAUCCUACUGAACAAGUGACAAUACAAGUGCUGCCAUCAAAAAAUGCCAUCAAAGAAGGGGAUAACAUCACACUCAAGUGCUUGGGAAAUGGUAACCCUCCUCCUGAGGAAUUUGUGUUUUACUUACCAGGACAGCCUGAAGGAAUAAGAAGCUCAAAUACUUACACGUUGACAGAUGUGAGGCGCAAUGCAACAGGAGACUACAAAUGCUCCCUGAUAGACAAAAGAAGCAUGAUUGCUUCAACAGCCAUCACAGUUCACUAUUUGGAUUUGUCCUUAAACCCAAGUGGGGAAGUGACCAAGCAGAUUGGUGAUGCCUUGCCUGUGUCAUGCACGAUAUCUGCUAGUAGGAAUGCAACUGUGGUAUGGAUGAAAGAUAACAUCAGGCUUCGAUCUAGCCCAUCAUUUUCUAGUCUCCAUUAUCAGGACGCUGGAAACUAUGUCUGUGAAACUGCUCUGCAGGAGGUGGAAGGCCUAAAGAAAAGAGAGUCGUUGACACUGAUCGUAGAAGGAAAACCUCAAAUCAAAAUGACAAAGAAAACUGAUCCCAGUGGACUGUCUAAAACAAUAAUCUGCCAUGUGGAAGGUUUUCCGAAGCCAGCUAUACAGUGGACAAUUACUGGCAGUGGAAGCGUCAUAAACCAAGCAAAGGAAUCUCCUUAUAUAAAUGGCAGGUAUUAUAGUAAAAUUAUCAUUUCCCCCGAAGAGAAUGUUACAUUAACUUGCACAGCAGAAAACCAGCUGGAGAGAACAGUAAACUCCUUGAAUGUCUCUGCUAUAAGUAUUCCAGAGCACGAUGAGGCAGACGAGAUAAGUGAUGAAAACAGAGAAAAGGUGAAUGACCAGGCAAAACUAAUUGUGGGAAUCGUAGUUGGUCUCCUCCUCGCUGCCCUGGUUGCUGGCGUUGUCUACUGGCUGUAUAUGAAGAAAUCAAAGACUGCCUCAAAACAUGUAAACAAGGACCUUGGUAAUCUGGAGGAAAACAAAAAGUUAGAAGAAAACAAUCACAAAACAGAAGCCUAAGAGAGAAACUGUUCUAAAAUGUUGUCCAGGUGGAAAAAAAAACUAUAUAGACCAAUUGAAGCAUGAACGUGGAUUGUAUUUAAUACAUAUACAAAGACAUUGACAGCAAUUCAUGGUUCAAGUAUUAAGCAGUUCAUUCUACCAAGCUGUCACAGGAUUUUAGAGAAUUAUCUCAAGUAAAAACAAUGAAGUGAAAUUACAAACAAAAACAAGUUUUGGCAGCCAUGAUAAUAGGUCAUAUGUUGUGUUUGGUUUUUUGUUUUUUGUUUUUUUUCUGUAAAUGUCUGCACUGAGGAUUUCUUUUUGGUUUGCCUUUUAUGUAAAUUUUUUACGUAGCUAUUUUUAUACACUGUAAGCUUUGUUCUGGGAGUUGCUGUUAAUCUGAUGUAUAAUGUAAUGUUUUUAUUUCAAUUGUUUAUAUGGAUAAUUGGAGCAGGCACACUUCUGAUUCUGAUUGCUAUCAGUAAUGCCCCCAAAUUUUCUCACAAGCACCGAAAUCCCAAAGGUGGCAGCUUGUGAAGGCUGGGGACACACACAUUGCUCUAUUCAAAAACUGUGAUUUUUUCUAUCACAAGGGAGAUGGAGGCAGAGAGUCAGACUGAUGAGCAGCCGAUGAGCUGAUUCUGAUCAUGCACCACCAGCUGACUUUCCGAAGUAAAUCACACAUGCAUACGGACGCACAUACAUAAUAAUGGUACUCCCAAACUGACAGUUUCGCCUAUUUGAAACAGGACAUAACACAGAAUUUGGGCAGCACUUACCUUCAGAGACAACUGCUAAUAUAUUAUUUUCUGUCAAAAGAAAAAUGAGAGACAGUUUGGAAAAAUCAUGGAUAACAUUCCCAUUUUCAUAGAUCACGAUGUAAAUCAUUGUAAUUAAAAAUUGGUGUUAAAUCCUUUGGGUUAUCCACUGCCUUAAAAUUAUAUCUAUUUCCUUUAAAAAAAGAUAUCAGUCAGAAUUGGAGAUUUUUAACAGUGGUCAUUAUCAAAGCUGUGUUAUUUUCCACAGAAUAUAGAAUAUAUAUUUUUUUCGUGUGUGUUUUUGUUAACUACGCUACAGAUAUUGAAUGCACCUUGAGAUAAUUUAGUGUUUUUAACUGGUACA